GCAGCUAAGCGCGUCUGCAGCUGGCGCUCACCGAGGCUGCAGGCGGCUGCAACUCCAAUUCUCAAUUUUUAUUCUCGUUCACCCUCCCGCGACUGACAAGGACAACUUCAUCUUGCGCCCACCACCACAACUUCCGUCACUGGCCGUCCAUUCACUCUUUUUAACGCGCAAAACCUGUACCGAUCUCCAGCAGAUAUGUCUGAUUACGAGGGUGACGAUGUCGAUGUCGGCGGCGGCGAGGAGUACUUUGAGGAGGAGGAGGAAAUCUACGACCCCGAGGUCAACGUCGAAGACGACGAGAACAACCCCAACGGCAACUUUGACGAGGACCAAGACAACGUCGUGCCCUCGGGCGACCCUGCCGCCGCCGCGAGCGCCGCGAAAGCGUCCGAGAAGUCGCUCCGAGACAAGAAGAUCCCCGACGAAGAGCGUACGACGACCCCCUACAUGACAAAGUACGAGCGCGCGCGCAUCUUGGGUACGCGGGCGUUGCAGAUCAGCAUGAGCGCGCCCGUCCUGGUCGACCUGGAGGGCGAGACGGACCCGCUGCAGAUUGCGAUUAAGGAGUUGCGGGAGAAGAAGAUUCCCUUGAUUGUGAGGCGAUACAUGCCGGAUGGCUACUAUGAGGACUGGACUUGCGAGGAGCUUUUGCAGUGAGGCCAUAUACCUCGCCCGAGGACAACGUGGACCAGCGCAUCGCUGCGAACGUGUCGCUUCGGAGUCUCCAGGACAAUUUCGUCAAUUACAGCGCGGCGUUUUACAUCAUUUUGAUAGGAAAAGAGGGGGUACGACUAAAGAUAGCACCAUAACUCAUCACGCAUUGCUUGCAUCACCGCAUUCAAGUGCGCUGUUGUACCCAGUGUACAGCUCCCCCUUGUGCUGUUCGCGCCAAGGAUCGAGGCGAUGGGAGGGCGUUGCCCAGACUCACAGAGCUAGUGUAAAGUGUAUACGUCGUACCAUGAUUAACCGAUGUUCGCGUUACGGCUAGUGCAAAUGCCAAGCAGAUGGG